CUCUACCAAUAAACAAAGCAAAUUGAAUCCAACCCACGUUAACACCUUUUACUUCGUACCACCCUUUUUUUCUCCUAAAAUCCUUCAUCCGGCCGCUCUUUCUAUAUAGCCCCCUAUUUCCCCACCACCAACACCUCUUCGGUGGUGUUCUACCCGAACUCCGAUCACCCACAACUACCAACAACAACAACCCCUCAAAUGGCGGCCGCCGCAGCAACAACAGUUUCCUCCGACGCAACAACCACUACUUCUUCGGACGGCCCCGUCCUUAGCCUCAUCAACAAACGCAUCCGUGCCCUACGCAAGAAAUACAACCGCAUCCUCCAGAUGGAAGAAUCCGUCUCCCAAGGCAAAACCUUAAACAAAGAACAAGAAGAAGUCCUCCGUUCCAAACCCUCUGUCUCCGCCCUAAUCGAUGAACUCGAGAAGCUUCGCCAGCCUCUCUCAUCCGCCUUCUACGAAGAAAUCUCACUCGCCUUGCAGCGUCAAACCAUUUCACCGGAAGAAACAACCUCAGAAGCCCAACGAGACAAGACUGAAGUCCAAGAACUACAGCCGAGUGAGCCCGAUCAUGCCGUUGAGGAUCUCCUCUAUCUGCUCUAUUUCGGGUCGUUGUUCGAUGUCAAGUCUCAGAAUGAUUUUACUUCGAUCAUAUUGACUAGGACUCACGAGAGAGGCUGUUGCCUGACUUAUGAUUAUGUCACCGAUGAAGCUACCGAUCUUCUUAGUGAGAAAGAUUUGGAUUUGGUUUCGACGCUAAGUGGACUAUUGACUUCACGGCCUGCCGAUUCCAGUUUGUCUCAUAAGAACGCUUUGCACCGCUGCAUCCACCAUGCAAAGCUUUGGCUUUCUAACUCUGACCAGCCCAUUGACGCCAAUGCCGAUGUUUCCUAUGCUGAGUUGAGAGAGAGACUUAACAAGAUUAUGGCUUCGGAUUAUAUUACAACUACGCCGGAGAUGAAGGCUCCUGUUGAAGUGGCUGCUGCUGCUGGGACGUAUACCUCUUUCCAGGUUCCAGUGCACGCUGCGCCCAUUUCUAUGCCUGUUCAGGUGGAAGAUUCAAGCGGGCAGUACCAGCAGAAGGAAGAAGAUACAUCUAAUUAUCAAGAACCUGAGACUGGUGACAAUAAAUUUAGUGCUGCUGAGGAGCUUCACAAGGAUGAACUGGAGAUGGAAAAUCAUGUAGAGGAUGUUGCAAUUCAACAAGAAGGCGACAAAUUAAAGGCAGAUGUGAACCACAAUCUGAGGGAUGUAGGACCCAAGGAGCAACAGUAUGUUCCUCGAAGAUCAUAUCAGAACCAAAGAGGUGGUCCUGGUACUUGGGGUGGUCGUAGGGGUUACUCUAAUGGUCGUGGAGGUAGAGGCGGUGGAGCCUACCAGAAUGGUCGAAGCCAAUAUUUUGAUCAGCCUGGCAACUAUUAUUCUAGGAGCUACUAUAACAACAGGGGAAGAGGUGGCAGAGGCGGUGGCUAUGCUUAUAACAAUCACAGCUCAGCAGUUCAGGGUGUCUCAGCGGAUGUUGGUGUGGCCUCAUGACAGCUUUAGAGUGAUGGUGGUGUGGCCUCAUGAUAGCUUUAGACAGCUUCUAUGGGGUCUGUUUUUCCAGGUGGGUGUACUUUUUUGCUUUGCAUGAAACAUGGUAUGAAUGUGGGUUGAUGUUUAUAUCAUACCAUCCAGGACACCCCAUUUAACUUGUUUUUGUAGUUCAGUUAAUUAAGGACUUAUAUUGGAAUCAUUGAAAAGCAGAGAGCUAUCUAUAUCUUUUUGGGUUUAACACGCAAUUCUUGUGGCCAUUUAUUGAUCCAUCGACCAUGGUUGGUUGAUUAAUCAAAAGUGGCCAUCGUGUUUAAUUACUAUCUUGGCACGUGAAGAAUCAUAGGGUUGAUGAAAUAAGAUGAUCAAUCCCUAGAUUACUCAAUAACCAUGUUUUCGAGAAUGGGAUGCUGCUACAGCUAUGUUUGGAAUGUCUUUUUCCGAUGCUCAUGCCAGGUUAAUAUUCCAAAGAUGUAGCAUGUUUCCAGCUAAAAGCCAUUGGAACAUAAGUGAAAAUGAAGUAUAAAUCGUUUCUCCCCCCUCCAACACCCAAAAGAUAAAAAAGAUCUA